AAAUAUGCAACUCUACUCAGUCGGCGACAGCGGUGCAAAAGCAAAAUCAAAGCGCUAAAUAAAAAAUUUCUGGCCGGUUAUUAAGCAUUUUGUGCAUAUUUGAAACCGAAAACGUCUUUAGCCGCAUAAAAUGAGCUACGCCGCAGACGUACUAAAUGCUGCCCAUCUGGAGCUACAUGGCGGCGGCGACGCCGAGCUGCGUCGCCCCUUUGACCCAACGGCCCACGAUUUGGAUGCAUCUUUCCGCCUGACACGUUUCGCCGAUCUGAAGGGCCGCGGCUGCAAGGUACCGCAGGAGGUGCUUUCAAAGCUUGUGUCGGCUCUGCAGCAGGACUACUCUGCUCAGGAUCAGGAGCCGCAGUUCCUCAACGUUGCCAUUCCACGCAUUGGCAUUGGACUCGAUUGUGCCGUAAUUCCGCUUCGCCACGGCGGACUGUGUCUCGUUCAGACGACGGACUUCUUCUAUCCGAUUGUCGACGAUCCUUAUAUGAUGGGCAAAAUUGCCUGCGCCAAUGUGCUGAGCGAUCUGUACGCCAUGGGCGUAACCGAUUGCGAUAAUAUGCUGAUGCUGCUCGCUGUCAGCACCAAGAUGACGGAGAAGGAGCGUGACGUUGUCAUUCCGCUGAUAAUGCGCGGCUUCAAGGACUCCGCGCUGGAGGCGGGCACCACGGUGACCGGCGGACAGAGCGUCGUCAAUCCUUGGUGCACCAUUGGCGGCGUUGCCUCCACCAUUUGUCAGCCAAAUGAGUACAUUGUGCCCGAUAAUGCGGUUGUUGGGGAUGUUUUGGUGCUGACAAAACCACUGGGCACACAGGUGGCAGUGAAUGCACAUCAGUGGAUCGAUCAGCCUGAACGCUGGAAUCGCAUCAAGCUGGUCGUCUCCGAGGAGGAUGUGCGCAAGGCCUAUCAUCGAGCCAUGAACUCCAUGUCACGUCUCAAUCGAAUCGCCGCCCGGCUCAUGCACAAGUACAAUGCACAUGGGGCCACCGAUAUAACCGGCUUUGGUCUGCUGGGACAUGCCCAAACCCUGGCCGCUCACCAGAAGAAGGAUGUCUCCUUUGUCAUUCACAAUUUGCCAGUGAUUGCGAAAAUGGCCGCGGUGGCAAAGGCCUGUGGUAAUAUGUUCCAGCUGCUGCAGGGUCAUUCGGCGGAGACUUCCGGAGGAUUGCUCAUCUGCCUGCCCAGGGAACAGGCGGCUGCCUACUGCAAAGACAUUGAGAAGCAGGAGGGCUAUCAGGCCUGGAUUAUUGGCAUUGUGGAGAAGGGCAAUAAGACUGCCCGCAUCAUUGACAAACCGCGCGUCAUCGAGGUCCCCGCCAAGGAUUAGCUGCUGAUUUUCUUUCUUUUUUCCUUAAAUACAGUAAUCAUUUUUGAACUGCAUUUCAUGCUCUCAGUUUGUAAAGCGAUUCAUUGAGUGAACUUUCUCACUUGAUGCUUGAUUUGAAUUCACUAAAAUUUUCUAAUCUUUUAUAUAAAAACAACAACAACAAAACACCCCUGGACACCGCUAAGAAUAACACGAAUAAAUAAAAGAACACUUGA